UUCCCUUUCCCUCCUACAUCUCCCGCCAAAAUCGAAAGCAUUUUACCUUGCCUCGUCUCCGUCUCUUCUCCCCCGCCAAAAAUUCCCCAAAGCCAUAAACUCUCCCUCCAAAUCCCCAUUGCUUUCCCCAUCCCCAAGACCCCAACCCCUCCUCCACCAUCGCCUCCCACCCGCGCUCCAAUCCUCUUCACCGUCCCGUCGCGCCUAGUCUCGUCCGCUCACCGUCGGCCGGCCGCUAUGACGUGCGACGGCGCCGACCGCCGCGACCCGCCGGAGCGGUUCCCCGACCAGCCCGCCGUCUUCGAUGACGAUAUGGCCACCUUCCGCGCCGUCCUCGGCUCGGACCUUUCGUUGGCCGACGCCGUUGACGCGCUCUCUCGCUGCGGCGGCGACACCGAGCGCGCCAUCAAAUCGCUUCUUGACGAUGCCGCCGCUGACAGUGACGACGGCGACGUCGAACGCGAGAAAGGUCGCGCUGGUCGUGCCGCUCCGGUGGCUGCUCCGAGGGGCGUCAAGGCGGAGCGGGGCAUUGGCGGCGCCGCCCCGCCGCCUCCGAUGAAGGUUGAAGCUGCCGCCGACGACGAGGUCAAGGUCAAGAGGGAGCCAAUCGAUGCCGACCCCGACGAGGUGACGGUGAACGCAGAAGCUCCCUCUCCCGGCGAGGUAGGGGUCAAGGUGAAGGUUGAAGCCCCUGGCGAGGUCGAGGUCGAGGUGAAGAGGGAGCGAAUCGAAGCCAAUGGUCCCUUCCGAGAGCAGGCUGGUCGUCGGGUCAAGCAGGAGGAGGAAGCCGACGAGGUCGAUGUAAAGAAGGAGCAACUGAGCGAUCCUCCAAUCAAAGGACAACUUUUGUCGCCGCACCGUGUCAAGGAGGAGAGUGACUGUAGGGAAAAUGAGGUGGCGAUCAUCGAUCCCCCGCCGAGGUCCAAGAAGAGGCGCCGCGACGAAGACGACGUGGCUUUCAUUGAUCUCACGACGUCUCACCCGGUGCCGUACCUCAACCCGAGGCCCGUCCGCGCGAUGCCACCGCCGGGGGCCAUGCCGGCGAGCGAGUGGAGGAUGGUGGUGCCGCCGCCGCCGGCAGAGUUGGACGAGUACCCGCCGGACCGCCGCGAAUGGUGCUUCUUCAAGAAGUCCUACGCCACCGGGCUGUCGACGUGCCACGGGAGGAAGUUGCUGGACGCCGGCGAGGUCGUCCACUUCGCGUUCCCGUCGUACAACAGGUUCCACGGCGGGAUCAGGGUGUCGGUCAAGCAGGCGGCUGCUCUGGCUGAGAUCGUGCGCUUCUCGACCAACCGAUCUGGAGAGAUUGGGAAGCUAUCUUCCGGGUGUGCAAAGUGCCUUGCCCCGCUGGUGAGUUCUUCCAAGAUUAUGAUCCAGGGGAAGGUGGUGUUUCCGAUGGUGGAACUGAGGCUGAUGCAGGAGGUUUUGCUGUAUGUCAGCUUCUACAUCCAUCGCUCAUCCAUGUACCUGAUUGCUCCAGAAAAUGCUCAUCAUCCUGGCAAUCCUCUCCGCGGCCUGUUCAAAUUACUGCGGAGAUUCGGCGGAGCUGAAGACUGAAGCCCCUGGUGAGGCCAAGAGGUAUCCAAUCGAUAUCGAUGGCCGCUCCGAAGGGCAAGUUUGGGUAUGGAGGAGCAACAUAAUCAUUUGCGCCUCAAAAGUGUCAGGAACUCAGUAGGAAUAGAGCAGUGCAUCGGUUAACUGUGUUAGCUAAUUUUGCUCUAGGGAAACAUGGUUGUAGGCAGAGCCCAGUGCCUGUCUCUACAUGUGAUGCCAUACGGCAUGGCUGCUCACUGUUCUUGUAUUUAUUCCACCCCUAAACUCUGAUUUCUACUCCUAGCUCUGUUCGACCAAUGGUGGUCAUCCAAUGCUGACAUGUUGAGUCGGUGUUUUGGCUUGUGUAGUGACUAGUGAGUGCAUCAGAAUUCAGAAAGCGUGCUUGAGUUGAGUGUGCA